CUGUGAGAUUAGAGUGCAGCCGCACUAUCUGUCCGUCUUUGUUCCCCUGUUUUCAUAAGAAACACAAGAACAGCUUCUCUCCUCCACAGCCAUCACUUCUUCUAUCUCUAUCCAGCCUGCAGCGUGGCACAAAAUGAAUGGUACAAUGGAUGGAAAUAACGAGCACGCUUCUCAAGACGGCUCCUUCAUGUUUACCUCGGAGUCUGUGGGAGAGGGACACCCUGAUAAGAUAUGUGACCAGAUCAGUGACGCUGUGCUGGAUGCUCACCUGAAGCAAGACCCGGAUGCCAAAGUGGCUUGUGAGACGGUGUGUAAGACCGGCAUGGUGCUGCUUUGUGGUGAGAUCACAUCACGAGCCAACGUGGACUACCAAAAGGUGGUGAGAGAAACCAUCCUAAACAUCGGAUAUGACAACUCAGACAAAGGUUUUGAUUAUAAGACCUGUAACGUGCUGGUGGCCCUCGAGCAGCAGUCCCCUGACAUCGCUCAGGGAGUUCAUAUUGAUCGUCAGGAGAGUGACAUCGGAGCUGGAGACCAGGGUCUGAUGUUUGGAUACGCCACAGAUGAGACAGAGGAGUGCAUGCCCCUCACCGUCGUCCUCGCACACAAGCUCAACGCCAAGAUGGCCGAACUGAGACGUAACGGGACUGUCCCCUGGCUCCGUCCGGACUCAAAGACGCAGGUGACGGUUCACUACACCCAAGAGAACGGCGCUGUGAUCCCCAAGAGGGUUCACACUGUGGUGAUUUCAGUGCAGCACGACGAAGUCGUGAGCCUGGAGGAGCAGAAGGAGGUCCUGAAGGAGAAAGUCAUCAAGGCCGUGGUCCCCUCGAGGUACCUGGACGAGAACACCACCUAUCACCUGCAGCCCAGCGGACGCUUUGUGAUCGGUGGACCACAGGGCGAUGCUGGAGUGACGGGCAGGAAGAUCAUCGUCGACACGUACGGUGGUUGGGGGGCCCACGGCGGUGGGGCGUUCUCUGGGAAGGACUCCACCAAGGUGGACCGCUCAGCAGCCUACGCCGCCCGCUGGGUGGCAAAAUCUCUGGUGAAGGCCAAACUGUGCAGGAGGGUGCUGGUGCAGGUGGCGUAUGCGAUCGGAGUGGCCCACCCUCUCUCCAUCUCCCUCUUCACCUACGGCUCCUCUCAGCAGAGCGAGAAGGAGCUGCUGCAGAUCGUCAAUAAAAACUUUGAUCUUAGACCCGGCGUCAUCGUCAGAGACCUGGACCUGAAGAGACCAAUCUACCAGAAGACAGCCUGCUACGGACAUUUUGGCAGGAAGGAGUUCCCCUGGGAGGUCCCAAAGAACCUCAACUUCUAGACGUAUCUGUGUACCAGUGUGUGUGUGUGUGUUUGUGUGUGUGUGUGUCUGUGUGUGUGUCUGUGUGU